UGUCCAUGUUUCAUGGAUAAAAUUAAAGAUAUGAAGAUGGAUGAAAUGGCUUCUUUGAUCGGAGUAACGCCUCCCAUAUUCCGAUUCCUCAUAUGUUUCGUGGCCACAAUUCCUAUAAGCUUCUUUCACCGUUUCGUCCCUGGUGGUUCUACAGGGAAACACUUGUACGCUGCUUUAACCGGCGGUGUGCUUUCCUACCUGUCAUUUGGCCUCUAUUCCAAUAUGCACUUCCUCGUGUUGAUCUUCAUUAGUUAUGGUUCUAUGGUGCUCUGUCGGAAACAAUGUGGUUUGAUUACAUUCGUCUUAGCAAUGGGCUACCUCAUUGGAAUCCAUGCGUACUACACGAGUGGGGAAUCAUGGAAAGAAGGAGGUAUCGAUGCUACCGGAUCAAUGAUGGUUAUAACAUUAAAAGUGAUUUCUUGCGCUAUUAACUAUAAUGACGGGUUGUUAAGAGAGGAAGGCUUAAGCGAAUCCCAGAAGAAAAAUCGGUUAAUUAAGUUACCCUCUUUCCUAGAGUUUGUGGGAUACUGCCUCAGUUGUGGCAUUCACUUUGCUGGUCCAGUUUUCGAAAUGAAAGAUUAUUUAGAUUGGACAGAAAGAAAAGGGAUUUGGGUCGAGUCUGAUAAACCUUCACCAUCACCUUGCCAACCAACAAUUAAAGCUCUUCUUCAAGCUGGUUUAUGCAUGUGGAUGUACUUAUACUUAGAACCCCAAUAUCCAGUGUCAAGGCUCAAUGAUCCUAUCUAUAAAAAUUGGCCAUUUAUGGAACGCUUGAUCUACCAGUACAUGUGCAGUUUUACAGCCCGUUGGAAAUAUUAUUUUAUAUGGUCGGUUUCAGAAGGGUCUAUGAUUCUUUCGGGCCUGGGUUUCAGUGGAUGGACUAAUUCUUUAACCCCAAAAGCGCGAUGGGACAGGGCUAAAAAUGUUGACAUUUUGGGUGUUGAGUUUGCAAAGAGCGCUGUGGAGAUACCACUCGUGUGGAAUAUACAUGUUAGUAGCUGGCUUCGUCAUUAUGUUUACGACAGGCUUGUUCAAAAAGGGAAAAGACCUGGUUUCUUUCAGUUGCUAGCAACACAGACUAUUAGUGCUAUAUGGCAUGGUAUACGUCCAGGGUACAUCAUAUUCUUUGUUCAGUCUGCUUUGAUGAUUUCUGGUUCCAAAACCAUUUACAGAUGGCAACAAUCCGUUCCAAGCAGUAAACAUGGGCUUAAGAAGAUGAUUAUGCUUACAAACUUUGCUUACACGAUGCUUGUUUUAAGCUACUCUUCUAUUGGUUUUAUAGUAUUAAGCCUGAACGAAACAAUCACUUCAUACGGGAGUGUAUACCACUUCGGAACAAUCAUUCCUGUAGUUGUUAUUGUCAUGGGUAGCCUAGUUACACCAAAACCAGCCACAUCCAGAGCUCGAAAGGAUAAGUAAUUAAGGUCUUCGUUGUAUAAACCAUACACUAAUUAAUUCAUAUAGCCAAUUUCGCGUGCUCUUUAUUUGGGCAAGGUUUUGUUGAUCAUUUGUAAGUGUAAACCAUUACUUUCCAAAACGUAAAUGCCUCCCUUUACUUUGAAAAUUUCCAAAAUGUAAUACU